AUGAUGACUCACAGUUUUCCGAAGGGAUUGCACUCUUUCAACAUCAGAAUAUACAAGAUUGUGGAUGAUCAUUUGUUGGAUCCAAUCAUCUCUUGGAGUGAAAGCAACAAUACUUUCAUCGUUUGGGAUCUCAAAUGGCUCUGCAAAAAGAUUCUCCCGAAAUGCGUUGGAUUGGGCAGAAACUACCCUCACUUUUUCUCAGAGCUUCAGUAUCGUGGAUUUGAAAGAGUCAACGGGUUUGAGCAAUUGGAGUUUGGACAUGAAAACUUCGUGAGAGGCCAACCUCAUCGCCUGAGGAAGAUGGUUUUGCAAGUUUGGAUGCAGAUGAUGGAGAAAAUUUGA